CAAUGAAUCAUACAUCUUUGGCAUUUAAGUGGAAAAGCCAUCCAAGUUUUCACGGAAACGUAUAUUUCAAAGCAUCAGUUGUCAUAAGCUACACACAAGGAUACAAAAUAAUGACGACUCUAAAGGGGGAUAACUCUACAUCAGUCAUAGAGAAGGAUCAUGGUACUACAAUAAUAGAACGAUUUCAAGAAUGUGGUUCAUCAAUUGGAUGCUUAUCAAAAUGUAAUUCUGGAUCGUGUUCACAUUUGGUCACGUGGAAAAAGCGCGGGGAUUUUGUUCGAUUUGAAUUUUUGGCGGAUACGGAACUGCUUAGCAAAGAUUUAUAUCUAUCAAUAGGAUUUUCCAACGAUGAAUGGAUGGGGGAUGAUUGUGUUAUGUCUUGCAAGAUCCACAGGGGAGACGUGACCUUUGAACUAGGGUCUAAUAUACCCAGCAAAAAAAUCUAUAUUCCCUACACACUUGUAAAUUCAGAUGAUGUUCUUGUGGUGGAAACAUCGUUGGUUGGAAGCACGUUCAAAUGUGUCGUGGAGCAGAGGAUAAUCAGUAAACACCCAAAGCUCUCAAAACUAAACCGGAAGUGGUAUCUUUUACAUGCUAUUGGUCUGGUGACAGAAAAUGGUCUCCAUUAUCACAGCGAAAGGAGUGUAAGUGCAGAAAAGGUGGACUUUCUCAGCACUACAGUAAUAGCAGAAGAAAAUCCCUCCAGAGUCCUCCUCAAAUUACACGGAUCUUUAAUGAUGUUUGCCUGGUUGUUUUUCGCCCCUGUUGGAAUAUUAUCCUCCAGGUUAUUCAAACAAAGUUGGGGUGAAAGAACAGUCUGUGGUCAGAAAGUAUGGUUUCAGAUUCACCGUACAUGCAUGCUGCUUGUGUUUAUUUUCACAGUCACUGCUAUUGUUGUGAUUUUCGCUGAUAUCAAAGGAUUUAGCCAUAUGGAUAUAAGUCUUGACUAUCGAAAUAUACAUCCUGUACUCGGGAUUGCAGCAACAUUCUUCUGUAUUAUGAACCUACUUAUCUCCAUGUUUCGAUGUCCACCAGAUGAUAAGAAGAGGAGAACUUUUAACAGAAUCCAUGGGUUUUUUGGUCUUAUUUCUUACGUACUAGCAGUUCUCAACAUCGUGGUGGGAGCAAAGCUAGACAGAAGUAUGUUUCCACCAGAAGGAAAUUUUGUGAUAUAUGGCUAUCUGGCCAUGUUGUCUGUUCUGGAAGUUGUGCAUCAGCUAAAAAGGUUCAGGCAGGAUUGCAGCAAUAAUGACAAAUUGCCUACUAAAAAGAAGGAUAACGCUAAAGGGGAGAAGGUGCGUGUCGUGGAGACAGGUCUUUACACACUGAUAAUUCUCACAAUGGCGUCCUCUGUGUCUUUUGUCAUUUUUCUGAUGUUGACCUCUUAA